AUGGCAGCCGACCCUCUCUCGGACAGGGCCAUGGCCCAUCUCAAGCAAUACAAAUAUCAGAGUGUGGACAAAUCAUUCAUAUCAAAUCAUAUCCUCCGACAUUAUUGGAAUGGUGCCGUCAAACUGCUACCGAUGUCCCUUGCACCAAACAUGGUAACUCUCCUGGGUUUUGUCUGCAUUCUGGUCAAUGUGCUUUUCUUGCAGAUCUUUCUGCCAGACCUGAUCGGACCUGGACCAUCAUGGCUAUACUACAGUUUUGCUCUCGGCCUGUGGGCAUACUCCACAAUGGACAACAUUGACGGGAAACAAGCUCGGAGAACAGGGACCUCCAGUGGAUUAGGAGAACUGUUCGACCAUGGCAUUGAUUCAUUGAACUGUACUCUAGCCAGUUUGUGCGAAACAGCUGCCAUGGGCUUGGGACCAACCAAAACCGGAGCGUUUACCGCUCUUGUUCCUACACUGCCCAUGUUCUUCUCCACUUGGGAAACUUAUCAUACUCACACUCUCUAUCUUGGUGCGUUCAAUGGCCCAACUGAAGGAUUGAUCCUCGCCUGCCUGGUGAUGGUCAUUUCUGGGUACUAUGGACCUCAAAUCUGGCAGUCGCGAAUCGCAGAUGUGAUUGGCUACAAAGAAUAUCUCGACGAUCUUACGUUUCGAGACCUCUGGAUCCCAGUCAUUCUUUUCGCCUUCUUCACAGCACAUCUUCCGGCCUGCGUCUACCACGUCGCCAAAGCCCGACGCCGCAACAAUCUCCCGAUACUACCAGUCUUCCUGGAAUGGAUCCCAAUGAUUGUCUUUACAGGAUCAUGCGCUGCUUGGUUCGGAUCUCCAUAUUCGAAUAUUCUGCGUGAUAACCACCUAGUCAUUUUCUGCCUUACCAUGUCCUUCGUCUUCGGCAGGUUGACCACGAAAAUUAUCCUACACCAUCUCACAAAACAGCCCUUCCCUUAUUGGACCAUUUCCAUGAUCCCUCUGGUUGGCGGCGCCAUCCUGGCUUGGCUGCCUUUAUUCGGGUUCGACCCAAUCUCCUCCAUCUUCGAGCGUACCUAUAUCUAUGCCUAUCUCGUUUUCGCCAUGGCUCAGUAUUUUGUCUGGGCAGUUCGCGUCAUCGACCGUAUCUGCGAGGUCCUAGAUAUCAAUUGUCUCACUAUCAAGAAGAAAGCCAAGAAGACUGAUGAGAAGUCCUCAGCAGCCGACGCUGUUAGCCACUCGAAUGGAGACGUACGAAAAGCAAAGUAA